GUCUUCCUCCCCGACUCCGCCUUCUUCUAUUCAUCCCGGAACGGGAAGCACCAAUCCAACUUCCUCCUAUAAAAUCCGCCUCUCCCCCAGCUUCCCCAAUCCCACAAACCACCACAAGCCGUCAAAUCUCGCUAGACCCAAAAAAAGCCCCGGCAACCGAAGUCGAGCUCGAGUUAAAUCUGAGCUUACUUUCGAGGGGAUCCAGCCAGCCAACCAAACCGAGAUGGGGUCUCAGGCGAUCGAGGCGAACAGGGAGGGCGCCGAGGUGUACCGCGGCGCGGCGCUGUGCCAGGAGAAGUCGGUGGAGCUGCUGGCGGAGACCAACAUGCCGCUGGGCCUGCUGCCGCUGGCGGAGAUGGAGGAGGUCGGCUACAACCGCGCCACGGGCUUCGUGUGGCUCCGCCAGAAGAAGGCGCUCACGCACACCUUCAAGCAGAUCGGCCGCCAGGUCUCGUACGCCGCCGAGGUCACCGCCUACGUCGAGGACCGCAAGAUGAAGCGCAUGACCGGGGUCAAGACCAAGGAGCUCCUCAUCUGGGUCUCGCUCUGCGACAUGUACAUCGACAAGGACGACCGCUCCAAGAUCACCUUCAAGACGCCCUCCGGCCUCGGCAGGACCUACCCCGUCUCCGCCUUCGCCAAGGAGGGCGCCGCCGCCGACGGCAAGGCCAAGGCCCCCGCCGCCGCCAACGGCAGCGAGACCGCCGUCGCCAAGUAAGGAGGCCCACGUCUGCGAAGGUUGAAAGAGUGCUCCAUGUUUAUGCUUUCUCAAUUGCUACUACUAUUCCGGUAAAACUGUUCGUAAUAAACAAUUAUUAAGUCUGUAAUACUACUCGGCUCCGCUGGGUUGCCGAGGGCUGUAUCAUAUAAAUCGUCAGCUGCUUAUUUUUAUGUGCUGUGUACCAAAGAAGCGUGAAGCGAUCGUGUGAAUCUUUUGGUGUCACGAGGGGUACGUGACUACGUGUUUCA